GCCGAGGUCUCCUUGGAGGGCACGUGACAGCGGCGUCGUCUCACCCGUUAUCGGGUGGGGGGAUCCCGGCCAACUGGGCAGCCCGGCAGCCCAACGCGCAUUUCCCUCCACGCUCCGCACGUGAGAACAUGCGGCAUCUUGGUUCUCCCGGCCAACCCUCACACCGGCUCCUCCGCUAUCGCCCGCUGCCUGCGCUGCCCUGACUGCACCUCGUCACUGCGAUCCCUCGCUCCGCUCUUUUGUCUCAGGAAGUGUGCGACGCCCCCGAGCAGCUGUCUGUCGCCCGGUGCCCCUGCGAACGGAAUGCGCCCGCGUACGGCGAGCCUCAUCAGCGUCCUGGUGCUGCUGCCUGCUGUCCUGGGCAGGUCGCUGGUCGGACAGGGAGCGCGCCCGCGCACCUCGGUCGGGCUUUUCCUGUCAAAGACACAAAGGGCCUCCCGACCAGGCAGUCUUCUGCUCAAGUCGCACCUGAAGCUCCGCAACACACCUCCAGACGUGCUCACCGUGGCCGAGUCUGAGUCGCUUGUCGUGGAAUGUGAGGCCGGCGGUAACCCUCCGCCAACCAUUCACUGGCUGAAGAACGGUCGUAGGAUCGACCAGGAUGAUUCCGAGAACACGGACGAACUGUUCAGCAGCCAGAACGCAGUGCCCAUGCUGGGCUUGAGCUUCACCCGGUCCCGGCUGUUUAUCGACUGCGCCUCGGCCCAGUUCGACGAGGCCGAGUACACAUGCGUAGCUGAGAACCCGUACCACCGCGUCAGCAAAACAACCAAGGUCAAAGUGUCCAAGAUUGGCGGUGCUAGAUCCAGCCCCAUGUGUCUAGUCAAGAAGUCCUUCGAUCACCCUGGAAGUCCUGCCAGGAUUACGAUGUGGACUCACACUCGGCUGGAACUGAUGGGAAGCACGGUCCAGCUGUUCUGCCGUCCCAGCGGCUCCCCGAAACCCGCUGUGGCCUGGUUUGGCCCCGACGACAACGCACUCCAGAGCGGCGACAAGUACAAGGUCCUUGACAAUGGCGAUCUAGAGAUCCGCAACAUUGCCUGGAACGACAUGGGCGGCUACACGUGCGCGGCCGAAAACUCCCACGGCGUCGACCGGACAUCCACCUUCCUCUACCCCACGUUGGCGCUGGGUUCUCCGAAGACCCAUCGAACACCGUGGGCACAACUCCAGGAACCAGAUUUUUUACGCGAUAUCCCGACGCAUUAUCCUCCGGUUUAAAGUGCCUGGUACAUCCAACCACAGAUGGGGACUUGUCGUAGGCAACAUGGUUCUUUCUUGAUAUCUUCUUUUUCCACGCUGUGCUUAGAAAUUCAUCGCUGUGAAGUUUGUAGAAAGACACACCAGAAGUCUCCUCCAAUGGUGACUUGUAAUUCGGGACACAAUACUAUACCAUUGGGCGACGAGAAAGACUCAGUGAGUGGCAGUGUUUUUGUUACUGUACAAUACAAUGCAAUCUUUAUUUGUUAAAGCCGCUUUAUGCUGAAGGUAGCGCCAUUUAUUGAUCCUCCGACACGCUCUCAUCCUCUAGAAAAUCCUCCUCCUCCUCUUCAAAGUUCCUCUUUCCACUACCACCGAUCGGCCGAGCGUCCGUCCGGUUACGGUUCGCCACUUCCGUUCGCCAUUUGUGCCCUUCCGUGUCGCGGCCUCGCAUUCUCCGACGGCGUACAUACUUAUUCGCUCUUUCUCGCGAGAGUUGAACCGUGGCAGCGCCAGUGUACAAAUAGCCCCCAACCACUUCCGGUUCUGAACUAGACGGCGGGUUUCGUCGUAUUGUCAAUAUCAAAUAUGCACGCUACCUUCUGGAAAUGGCCACUUACUGCACUGCCCGACUUAAUUCACUCUUACUGUAAAAAAAGAUGAUCAGUAAAAAAAUUAGUAAAUAUACGUGAACCGGAAGUGUGCCGGGGCUACCCAGUAGAUGGCGCCACUGAGUUUGUUCCCAAACAAGAAAGUGCAAAUGCGGAGAGAAAGUGUUCAAAAAUGCGUCUUUGGCGCAUCGUAACGCAAAGAGGGGCACGGUAUACAGUGUGUUUCAUGAAAGGUGGACAAAUUUGAUAUUGCUGAAACUACGCAUCGCACCAAAAAAAGCCUUGUGUCGUUGUGGUCCCAGGCCACGGGCCUAUUCAGGAAAAUUAUUAAAGUUUGGGAGAAUUAAGUUCUUAGUUAUUUUCGCCUAAUUAAUGUUUUUAAAUUUUGAGUUUAAGGGAAUGGUUUUAAUAAGAAUCUUGCUGAGCAUCAUCAAAAAACACUAAAUCAACAAAUUGCACCACGGUAGAAGGCACGCGCGGUAUUUC